GGUAAAUUUCAUUGCUAGCACAUUCGUGUCGCAACAUUUGAGUGGACUCACAUAAUUUCCUUUUGGCUAACGAAAAAUCCUGAAAUCAGCUUUAAGAUUGCGAAAUAUGCACAGCUGUGUGUAAUUGGUGAAAAAUGUCCACCAAGAAGCACAACGACCAUUCAUACGAAUCAAGUCACAAAAGCCAUCGGUCACGAAUAACGGACAUGAGAUAUCGUUCUGUAACUACUAGUUCAUCCGAUAACCAAACUUCGAAGUUAAAAAGAAUACGUUUGGCACAUGGACGUUCACCACAACAUCGAUCCAAAAGAUCCCAAAGUAGGAGUUGUGAACGAAAUUGUUGCCGAAGAAGAAGUAACCGACCCAGAAGCUGUAGUCGAGACCACAGCCACCGACGGUCAGAAAGUAGUAGCGUCAGUGAACGUCAAAGAAGCGGCGAUCGGCAGAUCAGAUAUCGUUCUACUAGCCCAUCCGAUGGCCAUACUGUAAAAGCAAUUUCAACUUAUGAAAGAUCAUCACAUAGUCGAUCCAGAAGGGAUCGAAGAAGUUGUGAUGGAAGAAGUUAUCGAUCCAGAAGUCAUCAACGAUCCCGUCAACCAAAAAGCAGUUUAUAUAGACGACACAGAAGGUGCCAAUCGAGAGAUCGAUGUUGCAGAACACAUCGGCGGAGCAGAUAUCGUUCUGCAAGUGAUAGCUCGUCCGAUGACCAAACAUCACGAGAAUCCAGAAGCCGUCCUACGAAACGUCGUAGACAAAGAAGUCGUCGAUCUAGAUCCAGAAGCCGAUGCUACAAUCAUGAACAAUCUCCUCGAUCAGGGAGUAGGUGCAAAAGUCGAUAUAAUAAAGCACACAGAAGUCGUCGUUCUAGUAGUUGGGAUAGACGUUGUACUACCUGUAACGGAGGUCGAUCUAUAACUGGAAGAACAUCCAGCCCAUCAGGUGGCCUUGUUUCAAAGUUACGUAAAUCGAUCUGUGAAAAAUCAACACAAACGGAUUAUGGCCACUCAUUUUAUCCAAUUAAUCCGGCGUAUCCCAUUUACCAGGAUACUCGCAUACAAAACGAUUACUCACUCGUACUUCCGGAUCUCACAGACUAUGCAUUUCUUGAUCCGCUGAUUGCAGAUCCUUUCCUGGAUCCACUAGCAGAUAGUCGAUUCGAAUGGCAAAAUACAAGCGUCUCAGGCAACUUCAAUGAUGUUAACCAAACUCAACCAACAGAUGACAAUGGGACGAAUAUGGAUAACGUAACAAAUAGUAAGGAAUCUCUACCGGAUGUUGUAGCGAACCAACAGUUAAACACGGUUUGUAGAGUGGAAAUUAAACGCCUACCUCUAGAUAUGGAACAGCUGCGUAAAAUGAUUCAAACACCCAAAGUUGAGAACAUCAAUCCGGAGUGGCACAGUUUGAACGAGAAAAUGGACUGUAAAAUCUGUUCAAUGUGCUUCAACAGUCAAUCCAAAUUAGUUAAGCACUACGUGAUGCGUCAUCCAACUGAUGAAAUAUUUCCUAGUCGGGUUACACCCAUCGCUGCUGAAUUAUUACGCAGCUCAGUUCAUCAAUGCAAACGAAUUAAAUCCGUCCGUACCCACCGUUCCGUAUUCGAACAAUUCUGUUACUUUUGCAACCAGAUUAAAAUCUUGACGAGAUUCGCUUGGAGCAAUCACUUAGCAUCGCACACCGGCUGCUUCGAAUUUCCAUAUUAUGGAAGUGUGUGUGAAAGUGGACCUCAAUUCGAAUGGGCCAAUGUAAGGGCAACAUUAUGCGAUUUAUGCAAUUACGUUCGGUUUAGUGAAACUGACAUGGAGAAUCACCUAAAGAACGAGCACGGACGUGAUGCUACGAACAAUUUUAAAGAAGUCACAUUCUUGCGUUUUAUGCUGUGCCAUGGAGAUCGCUGGCGAGUUUCCGGGCAGCUUAUAGCUCGAGUCAAUUGGUUUAAGUCUCCUCUAAUCAAGCAACUGAAAGGCGACGACUCAUCGGCAAUUGUUAAAAACAACAAUCCUGAGUGGCAUUGUUUGAAUAAAGAAAAGGGCUGCAGAAUCUGUGGGAGCAGAGAUUCCACAGUUGGUCAUUACGUUAAUGUUCAUCCGAACACGGAAGUCGUCGUAAGUCGUCUCGAUCCUUCCGUGGCAAUGUUUUUGCGAAGUCUAUUAUAUUCGCCAAAAUGUAAAGUGGUCGGCGGUGUCGAUCGUCAGCUCUUCGAGCAGUAUUGCUAUUUUUGCAACAAAUCUCAAUGCUUCUCAAAACAUGGAUGGAUCGAACAUAUCAUACGGCAUACGGGGUACUACAAUGGACAGUGUUGCUCUAAUAUGUUGGGAAUAGGAGAUUGUUCGAGGUGUAAGGGCAAGAGAACAAGAUUGAAGAGCGUACAUCAAUUUAAUGGACGGAAUUUGACUGGAUACCUAUGCGAUUUGUGCAACUUUAUUCGAUUCGAUCGAACCGAAAUCCAGAAUCAUUUGCGAAAUGAACACGACGGCAACAAUGGUAUAGACGAUUUCGAAGAAGUUGUUUUCCUAACUUUUCCUGAUUGUCCGAAACGAAGGAGCAGUGUGGCUAAUAUCCCGUCCAUUGUGGCAGAUGAACCGUUGCCGUUGGUGGAAAAAAUGGAGGGAGUCGCUGCGACGAAUGUAGAGUUAACUUCGUCGGUGGGCAGUCAAAACGAAGAUUUUGGAGAAGGAAUUAUAUCACUUGUGCCAGCGGUAGCGACAGGCGAAUUCAACGGUUAAUGGACAAAAACAGCUGAGAUCCUUUGUAAUCAAACGAACAAAAUGAAUUUUUCUAUUUCUUUUUUUUCUAAAUUGUUUACCAUUGAUUUUGGUAUUGCUGAAAUGGACAAAUUUUUUAUUUAACAAGGGACAAAUUGUUUUUGUUUAUCCAGCCCACAUUAUUGUACAUAAUAUUUCAGAUGAAUAUUACGUUGAAAAAGAAU